GUCGGACAUUCUGUCUCGAAAGGAUGGCGCAGCAUAAUGCUGUGCAACUGCUGACCUUGAUCCUGACGAGCGCGUAUUGGUUUCGUCCGUGCGGAGCGGUGGAUGUUGGAGAGGCGGAGGAAAGCGCGUCCACCUGUUCUAAUGUCACCACCGUCUCCACCCCGUCCAACUCCACGUCGUCCAGUACUACAAUACAGAUUACAGAUGCGGGCUGCACGUCCAGUGUGGUGAAGGUGAGAGGAACGACGCUGGACCUUCGUCACCGAGAUAUUGCAGCUGUCACGAGCUUGCCGACGGUCAGCACCGUAAAACUUGACAACAACGAGCUUCGCGCAUUCACGACAAGUAGCAACAUAUCGGAGCUAUACAUGUCCAACAACAGCAUUCCAGCGAUAGAUGAAUUCAAGUUCCCAACAACACUCACACUUCUGGACCUCGCCAAUAAUGCUCUGGGGGAUCUCGCAGCCGCUGACCUUCCGCCGUCGCUUCAAUACCUCAAUUUAUCUGGCAACCUGAUCGGCUCUUUAUCCAACGUAUCCUUCCCAUCCAGCUUACUACGUUUGGACGCGGCCGAUGCCAAUAUCGCUAUAUUGGAGAAUUUUUCCUUCCCAAGCUCGCUAACAACGCUCAAUUUGCCGAACAACCCCAUCACUACGAUCAAAGGCGUCAUUUUCCCAGACUCCCUCACAGAGUUAACCUUGAUCGCCACCGCAAACUCCGCCACUACAUCAUCUGCAUCCGUAGUUACUCCAGACGAAGCCCGUGUAUUGCAAACGACUGCAGAGGACCCUACAGAGCAGACUAUCAGUGUAUUGGAAGAGUUUGAAGUGCGUCAGAGUGACGCUGACAGGUUCGAGAAGUUGACACUGUGGGAUGUUUCCACUACGUCCACUCUCAGCUGCUCCGACUCGAACGCAAACCCUCGCUACGUGCAAGACACAAUGUUGUGUGUGCUAUCAGAUAAUGAAUUCGCUGACAAGUACGAGCAUGUGCUUCUAGCAGCAUCCAGUGGGUCCACGGCAGGCUCCAUAUGGGGCAAAGAUGACUCUUCCAGCCAAGAAGUGGAGCGGAUAGCGCUGAAAGAAACGCUGGACCAGCGACGCUCGUGGUUUUUGAUAGGAGCAGCAGCUUUGCUCUCGGCAUUCACAGUCAUGCUUUGCGUCAACGGACUUUGCCUGAGUUUACGCCGGAGUGUCCGUGGUGCCUCGAAAGGUAAAAGCAACCAAGCCGCACUGACUAAGUCAAGAAGCGCCAGACCAAACAAUUUCUGGAACGAUAGCACCAGUAUGGAACCAGAUGAUGAAGUCCAUCAUUUAUUGACAUCAGAUCCACCAGCAGAAGCGCAGCCUGAGCCUGAAUAUGAUGCGGAAACAGGAAACUGCACAGCGAAGAAGACGAAAGCUACCGACCCUCUCGUUCAUCUCCUACAAGAAAUUCCACACAGUGAAAUUGACGGAUCGCUCGUUACAUAUCGAGAACUACUAUCACCAAUACCUGAAUCAGAAGAAAGCUCCUCUGCUUUCGUGUAUUUCAAAGCUGCUUUCCACGGUAAGACCGUGGUGUUAAAAACUCUCAGUAUCGCUGGAUAUCUCGAGAGCAAAAGUGGAUUGGCUGAGUUAUGGGGCUUUGUUGAGGAGAUUCGCUUGAGCUCGACGUUGUCACAUCCACAGAUCGUUACGUUCUAUGGAUUUACCAAGGUGACUGACUCUGAUGAAGGUGUCGCUCUUGCAAUGGAAUAUAUGGACAAAGGAGAUCUGAAUAUGUUCAUCCAAGACCACAAGCGAUCACUGCAGAGGAAGCACGCGUUGAUCAGAGACGACAAAAGUGACGACGACUACGACAUUCGGUCGGACGAUGAGAUUGGUCCCUCACUUGAUCGUCAUGACUCUGGCAAGUGGAAUUGGCGGGACUCCUCCGUCUACAAGAGCAAACUCUCCAUCGCUGUCGAAGUGGCACAAGCAGUUCAGUACCUUCACUCGUUCACGCAGCCUUUGUUCCAUGGCAACCUCAGUUCCCGGAAAGUUUUUUUGGAUAGCGAUUGGAACGUGAAACUCGGCGACUUGACUUGUUGCAGUGCAUUGAGACGUUGGUCAUCGUCUCACAAGAGCGACAUCAGCUCCCUUCCUUCUACUGCAACGAGAUCUUCUGGACGUAGCAACUGCAGCUCUCAGACUGCAGGGGAGGAAAUCCACAUGGACAUGACGGUCUGGACAGCUCCAGAGGUCCUAGACGGCCGGCAAUACACCCAGAAAGCAGACAUCUACUCGUUCGGUGUGUUACUCUCACAACUAGCAACGUACGAGUGCACUUCAGCUGAACACUCAGUAAUGGACGACACAGACGUACCAAUGCUGAACAACACAGACAAGGAACAAACAUCAGACGGAGAAGCACCGACUCCAAUUCGACUGCUCAUGUUCCGGUGUCAGGCUUUCCAGCCAGAGAUCCGACCCACAGCAGACGAAUUGAUCCAGGAACUGCGUCAAAUUCAACAAGAACUCAAGCAAAAAACACAAUAGAGAUUUGCCUCAGCCUGGACUUACCAUUGAUCUAGGGUGAGUGCUUGCAACCCGUGCACAAAUUAUCGUACAUGCGUUCGAUUCUUGACAAAAAAAAAGUCGUCCAAUAUUCGCUGCAUAUGACAACUAAAACUCGCUGCUAAACAUCAUCUAGG